AAAAUUUUAACAAAGGUUUGUUGUUUUAUUUAAAUAAAAGUGUAGGGUCUUGUACUCCUAGGUCGGAGCAGUAUGAGAAGGCCAGGACUUCUCUGCUCUACUCCUACACUCAGCGCUACAACGAGCACAUCGUCCCCUGCUUCAUAUCAGACGGAGACCCGCCUGAGGAAGACAGACAAGCCCAGCCCACAUGGAGUCCCUUCAACGCGCUCUACUUGAAGCUACAGUGUCCCGUUGUGCGGCCCGCUCUCAUGGUGACGUCCGACAAUGGUCAAACCAUCGUAGACUUCCGUCGGGUGUCAGUGGGUGAGACGAUGAUUAAGAGGUUUACAGUUCAGAACAUUUCAGACGAAUCGUUGCAGAUGAGGACGUCAGUGCUGGAUACACUGGGACCAUUUUCCCUCCUCAAUGCCCUCAGAGUCAUAAGACCUGGAGGAAAGAGAACUCUGGUUCUGGCCUUCAGUCCUGCUGAGGAGAAAAAGCACUGUGAGAUUCUGGAGAUCAAAACCACUAAAAUGAGCCUGGAGUUGACUCUGUGUGGGGAGGGUGUGUUCCCCACCAUCACAUCGUCUCACCCUGGAGGACUUCUCGACUUUGGCUAUGUGUUUGAGAAGGAGAGGAUCUCAGAGGUCGUACAGUUGCGGAACAGCUCGGUGGUGGAAGUGGGUUUCAGGACGCUGUUGGCCAGUCUGUCUCUGUCCAGACCUCAGGAUGGAGUCGACACUGUGGACAUCCUGCUGGGCAGUUACACGGACUCUCAGGUCCAGCCUACUGUAGGAACUCAGAACUACAGUGGGCUGAGCGUGUUCAGCGUAGUGCCAGGAGAGGGCAGCAUUGCUCCAGGACAGAGUCAGAACGUCACUAUCACCUUUCAGCCUGACCAUCCGUCUGUCAACUACUCUGACAAACUCACCAUUGAGCUAAUGAAUAAGAGUAAAGUGUGUGUGAUGGAUCUGAAGGGUGCGGCCUCUUCACAUCACAUGUAUUUACAUGGAGGAGACGUGCUGACCGUGCCCAUUGAAUCUCUUCUCCCUCCACUCCCAGCGGCACCAGGGGAGAAGGGCAUCCCUGUACUGGUGACCUUGUGCGCUCGCUCCAGCGGGGGUGCUGUCAUACCUGCGGUGAGGGAGCUGCAGGUGGGAUGCGUCUGUACCACACAGCACAGUAAGAAGAGUGGUGAGUUUUCCUGGGAUGAUGUGGGCUCCCUUCAAGAACAAGGCUUCAGUGUGGAGCCCAGCAAAGGUGCUGUGGAGUCAGGUCAGAAAUGCACCAUCACAGUCACGUGGACUCCUCAGAGUGGAUACAAGCCCUAUGAUGUGGUGCAGACGUGUGUGUCUCUGACCCUGAGGGGAGAUGAGAGGUACAUUUACAAAGUCACCUUGAUGGCUUUGGUCUCCUACUCUGCUGAGUGACCUCUGCAGCACCUGGACCACGGCCAGUGUGGGGAACUGGUGUCAUACACACACACACACAAAGAUACUGAAGAUGGAACCAACAUCAAUAAGAGACGGAUUAUUUAUGACUUGAUUAUUGAUAUUAUAUUGUAACAGCACUGCACUGUUUGCCUAUUACUUUAAAUAUACAUUUUAACAUUUUAUUAGUCACUUUUAAGGUGAUCCAUGAACUGGUUUGGCUCUUUAUCAGAUAACUUUUAACCUCAUACUCACACUAUACAACCACGGGUAAAGACUAAUAAAUAAAUAAACAUAGACAUAUAUAAUAUGAUAAAAUAAGAACGAGGCAGUGCAAUAGAAAGGCAAAUUGACUAGCUCAUCCUGAGUUGAAUGCCAAGGAGACGAGGUGUGUUUUAGGAGGGACUCUUCUGUGAUUUGUUAAACCAUCCCAUCUGGGAGCAGCUACUGAAAUCACCUCUGGUUUCACGCCUAGUUCUAGGAACAUCCAAGAGCAACUGGUUUGAAGAUCACGUGAUUCUGGCAGGAGUUUAGAGAUCUAUUAAGUUCCAUAAAUUGAUUGAGUCCAGCCCAUUUCAAACCUUAAAAACAAGCAAUAAAAUCUUAAAAACAUUCCUGAACCAGACAAUUUAUGCUGGUUUUUUUAUCUCUUUAAUAUAUAUUUAUACAUUAGAUUAGUGAUUAUUUAUUUGUUACAUUGACCUAAUGUGUGUAAUUAUGGGCUCAGCACCGCUUCAGAUUAAACCUGGAGUUUACCUCAACAAAACACUCUCUCUGUCUGUUUCCAUCGUCAGCGCUUGGCUGAAUGGACCUAAUUCCACCACCAGGGGGGAGCAGGCAAUGCCAAGGAAGCCACUGGUUAAUGUGAGUUGGCUGAUGUAAACCAGCAAAUGUGUACAGUACAGACUGUGUCAUCGCUGGUACUGUAACUGUACACGUGUAGUUAAAAGAGGUAUAGAGUUCAUUUCAAAUAUAUAUUAUUGUUUUACAUUAUGAAUAAUAGUGAAAAUAUUAUAACUACACUGUUGUUAUCAUUAUUAUUAUUAUUAUUAUUGAUUCCACUAAAACCUCUUCAGAAACUGCCAUCAAAGCGCUGAAUCAUCCUCUUGUACAUCACUGACAAUAGAUAAUUUCACAACCCUGAUAAUGAACAUAGUGGAACAAACUUAAUUCCUGUUUGUUUGUUUUUUGUAUAAUUUUGUUUCGUAUAAUUAUGAGCUGUACACAACAGCAUUGGACAGAUUGUACAAUUGGACGCGUUGCAUGGAAAUGAACUGACAAAUGGCACAGCACACAAUAACCUGAAAAUGAAAACAUGAGAAAAGAAAAACAGUUAAAAGAAUAAAACAAAACAGAUGCUGUACUUUAGUUAUAGACGGAACACAGCCACAGGUCACCAAUAUAAAUGCACACAGGUGUUGUUGUGACUAAGGGCCACUGGUGGCUGACUGCUCCUCCCCCAGCAACCUCCUCCACAAAACGCUCCCAUAACCUUACCGGUAACCAGUUUAUGCCAGUUAACUCUAAUCAUAAUCUAACCACAAUUCAAAUCAUACAGGGUAACCAGUUCCUCAGAAAUUAGGUUCUGGACUAGGUUUCGGUCUCCAGGAAGGUCAGUGUUUAUGCCAAAAAAUAAAUACAAAUACACAAUACACAAUACACACACUCCGAGCCAUCUUCCUUUCUCAUUCCGGAAAUAAAUAAAUGAAAGAUAGAAGAUAAUUGGUGCCUAUUUCAUUUAUUAUUGAGCAAUUCUCCAAAGUAUUCUUUGAAAGAUACAUUAUUUUAUAGAUGAAUGGAUUAUUAUUUUCAUGCAAGUUCCCAGUAACACUUUAUUUAAACUCCUAUUAAUUAACAUAUGCUGUUGUCAAACUAAAGAUGUAGUGUGUCGUGUUUGCGCCUUUAAAGAACAUACACAGUUACUUUACCUCACUAUUUGAGCUACUCACCCAUUUUACCAACCAACUUAUUAUCUAAAUCUUAUUUUGCUCAUUAUUCCAGAUGCGUAUCCAGACUGUCUGUCCAUAUAGUGGCACUUUACCGCUGACUAGUUUCCAUGCAGCCUUAUUUGCAACGUGUGGUUUGGAUUUGGUUAAGUACACUCGCUAACUUUGACAAUGCAUUCCGACAAUUUGUAAUCCUAUUUGAAUGCAUAUUUUAUGAACUAACAUCUGCUUCCUUUUUUUUUUCUGCAUUUCUCCGUCACAUUACACCGGGUCUUGCUCAGUCCUGGUGUAUGUGAACUACUGUGUGUGUGUGUCCUUGUGUGUGUGUGUACAACAGCAGAUGUCACUAAUGCCUCAACGCGGACCAAUAGGGUCUGACCUCUCAGAGAUACAUGCUGUAAGCAUUUAUCAGAGAUUGUAGGAGAUUAUGUUAAAUCAGAUUACUGUACCCCAACCUGCCUAUUAAAAGCAAGGUCAUUAUGAGCUUAGCCUCGUGUAAUGUCAAUCGUUUUAUGAGACGCACUACAUCAUAUUAGGCAAUAUUUGUGUUGCUGUUUUGCCUAUUUUUUCUAAUCUGAUUUCUCCUCUGAUCUCUGGCUAAUACCGUGAGAUAGUGCUACUUACGCUCCACCAUCGAGUGGUGUCUCUCUCUCUGUCGGCCUGUGUUGUCUGUUAGUGUGUGAACAGUUAGUGAAUGCGACUUGAAUAAAUCACUGCUGUAAAAUGCUCGUAAAAGUCAACUCUGAUGCAGGUCAUGACCAUUCAUUUAUUCUAAACUGCAUUAAAACACACAGCAGGAGUUAUUUGUAGAUAUAUAAAUGAACAUAUGUCAUACACUCGUACUGUUACGUUAAAUAAUGAGUUUGGAACACACAAAAUGAAAAGAGUUUUUGUAUUUUCAUUGCCCUGUAGUAAAUAAUGCUUGGUUUCCUCAUUUAAAAGGUUGUUUGGUUUCCUAAUGAUCACAGCUGUUUACCAUCGGGGCUUUAUUUUAUAUAUAAAAACACAUUUAGAGCUUG